AACAGAGACAAGUUUUGUGGGUAGCUGUUGGUAAACUGAAUUUCGUGGUUCAAGAUCAAUUUUUAGGAAAAGUUGUUCAUUUGUGACCAUAACUGGUCAAACAGUGGGUUCACUGCAAGAAUAAUUUCUAAAAAAAAUCUUAAACAAAUUAAUAUGAUGAAAAUCUUUAUAUUCCUUCUAUUAAUUUUUUUCACAAAUCCUUUGAUGAGCGACAACAGUGAUGAAUCUACUGACUUUUGCUUUGGAGACAUUUGCAAUGCAUUUCCUGAAAAUUUUCUCUUUGGUGCUGCAACGGCAUCCUAUCAAAUAGAAGGUGGCUGGAAUGAGGAUGGAAAAGGACCCAACAUUUGGGAUACACUGACUCACAAACAUCCUGAAUUAAUUAAGGAUAGAUCUUCUGGAGACAUCGGCCCGGAUUCUUAUCAUCUCUACAGGGAGGAUGUGAGGAGAUUAAAGGAAUUGGAUGUGGAUUUCUAUCGCUUCUCCAUCUCCUGGUCGAGAAUUCUCCCAAAUGGUGAUAUUUCAUCUCUCAAUCCAGCAGGCGUAAAGUACUACAGUGAUCUCAUUGAUCUUCUCGAACAAGAAGAGAUACAGCCAAUGGUGACCAUGUUUCACUACGAUCUACCGCAGUAUUUGCAAGAUUUAGGAGGAUUCACGAAUAUUCUUAUCGUAAGGUACUUCAAAGAGUAUGCAAGAGUCCUUUUUGAGAAUUAUGGUAAACGCAUAAAGCAUUGGAUAACGUUCAAUGAACCUUCAGAGACUUGCAUACAGGGCUACGGUAGUGGAACUCAAGCUCCACUGAUAAGAUUACCCGGCGUAGGCGAGUAUCUCUGUGCUUAUCACAUUUUGCUAGCACACGCUGAAGUGUAUCACUUGUACAGGAAUGAAUAUUUUGACAAGUACAAAGGCAAAGUUGGGAUAACGCAAGACAGUCGGUGGCUGUAUCAGAAAACUCCUGGUAAUGACUUGGUUGAGAGAGGAAUGCAAUUUCAACUGGGUUUCUUUGCUAAUGCCAUUUUUAGUCGCGAUGGUGGAUGGCCUAAACUACUGCAGGAAAUUGUGGAUACAAAUAGUAUAUUCGAAGGACGACUCCGAUCGCGUCUGCCUGCCUUUAGUCCAACGGAAAUUGAACGAUUACGUCUAAGUGCGGAUUUUCUUGGAUUGAACUACUACAGCGCUAAUUACGUGAAAGCACCGGAGAUAUGGAAUGCCCCUAAAAAAUCUCAUAGUGCAUUCCGGGAACCUUCUUGGGAGAAUGAUCAAAAUCUCACUUACUUCGUUGAUCCAAAGUGGCCACAAGCUAAAUCAACGUGGCUCUAUAUGGUCCCAGAGGGGCUAAGGGAUAUUCUUCUCUGGAUACGCGAUACUUACGGUAAUCCAGAAGUGAUCAUCACCGAGAAUGGAUGGUCAGAUUCCGGAGAACUGGAGGAUGAUGGACGAAUUGAAUACCUCACCAGACAUCUCAAAGCUGUGCAAGAGGCAAUCCAGAAAAAUUGUCGUGUUACAGGUUACACAUAUUGGUCCCUCAUAGAUAAUUUUGAGUGGAUGAUGGGCUACACGGAAAAAUUUGGACUUUACCGCGUUGACAUGGAGGAUCCAGAGAAGAAACGCAUUGAGAAGAAAUCAGCCAUAGCAUAUAAGCAAAUCAUCAAGAACCGGAAGGUAACGUGAAUUUAUAUUAUCAUUUUAAUGACUCUACGUAUAAUGGAACAGUGCUUUUACCUAUAAAAUAUGUAGGUAUACUUUAUUAAAUACUCUGAAAACUCAACGGUUCCAAUUAAAUUAAUUUAUGAACCCAUUCGAUAUAAAAAAAUGUUACAUUAUUUUGAUACAUAUAGGAGUAAUUAUACUCCUGCAAAGAAUAUGUGCAUAAAAGCAGAAAUAUAAAAAAUUAUAUUGUAUAAUUCCUCAUCAUCUGUUUGUUAAUUAAUAAUAUUUUAUUAGGUAUUGUUAAUUGAAUUAGAAGUUUUUCCAACGUGAGUGAAUAAUUUUUAAAUUUAUAGGAAUGUAUUUUAAGAGAAAAAUGAUUCUCUUUAAUUUUUUGAAUGUGAUACAUUUAUUAAAAAAUAUAUUUUAUAAAAAAAUCUCUUACCAUGAAAAA